AUGGGCUGCAUGGAGUUUCACAGCGAUAUCCAAGAAUUCAGCCUGCAAAGUUGUACAGAGAGCACACUGAGGGACAGACGGUUAGUGGAGUACAAUGUGAAGAGUUCCGAAUUCGGUGGACUGCAGAUUGUGCAGCCAGACACAGUUGUGGAGCAGGAGGCUCGCCCAACUGGUUGCAUGUGGUAUCCAUACAGUGGCGGCAAAGGUGACAACCAGAAGGUUCUCACCAUGAACGACGAGUACAAGUUCAAGAUCUGGAACACCGUCAACAGGUCCUGCCGCAAAACGGCUCUAGCGCCAACUUACGGCGGGCCCAUCACAAGGAUGACGCCAGUGUACGCCGAAGCUGAUGGUGAGGACCAGUUCAUGCUCUAUGCCACGCAUGAGAAGGUACUGGGACUGGUGCAGCUGCCUCUAGACGGCAACCCCAACAAGUGCAUGGGCCUCAUCGCCCACCCUGGGCAAAUCGCGGCCAUCUCCGUCGACUACCAGGGCCAAUAUGCCUUUACCUGUGGUGGCAAUGACCUCACUGUUAACCAAUGGCAGAUCGAUCCACAGCCAGUUGCAAACGCCAGCGUCAUGGGUGGUUCUGGCAUCGAGCCCUUUGUGAAGCUCCUAGACGGCGGAGAGGAUGGCGCCUUCUUCUGCGACAUGAAGGAUUACUUCUACUACUCGCAGAUCCGGUCGCAAGACGAGAACACCACAAAGGCGAGAGCCUUGGAUGGCAUGAUUCCAGUACAGGAGAUCCCGCACCUAAUGUGUGCCCUGGGAUACUUCCCCACACAGCUGGAAAUUACCAACAUGACCAACGAGGUAAAGUACUCAAAGUUCGCGGAGACCGGCGAAUACGUCGAAAGGAUAGGAUUCGACGACUUGGUGAAGCUCUACGUGAACCACCGGCCGGUCUUCGCUGUGGGACCUGAACAGAUUAGACAAGCCUUCGAGGCCACCAAGAGGCAUGAGCCCGGACCUCUCUCGAGGGAAGGCUUCCUCAGUCUCCUCACCAGCCCGGACCUCAGCCUUGACUGGUGCUGUGACGCUUACGCCGCGCCUGUGUGCUCCAGGGCAGGUGAGAACUGCCAGGCCACCUCGUGCUGCGAAGAGGCAGGGCACCAGUGCUUCGUCAAGGACUCUUCGUGGGCAGGAUGUAAGGCUUCCUGCGCGCCUGGCAUCGACACCGCCGACCCUGCACAGUUCCGCACACCCUGGUCAUGCGAAGUAUUCAAAGCUUCAAUGGCCGAUGCGAACUCAUGCUCCAUCGCAGGAGUUGGCUGUAUGACCACCCGGUGUUGUGUAGAUCCAGACAAUCGCUGUUUCCAGAAAGACCAAUACUGGGCGGACUGCAAGCCUCACUGCGAGCCAGGCAUCCAUGAAGAGGAUGCGGCCGAGUUUCGCACGCCCUGGCGUUGCAGCCUCCUCGAUGUGAACGCCUCCGGUGCCUCCCAGGUGCGCUUGGAGGCCGUCGCAGCUCCGGAGCCCACCAGAAGCUGCUCCGGAACUUGGCAGAACUGCCAGAACACGAGGUGCUGUUCCCAGGAGGGCUACACCUGCUUCGAGAAGGACGAGACCUGGGCAGACUGUCGCCUCACCUGCCAGCCGGGGAUCAACUCCGAUGAUCCGGAGCCCUACCGCACUCCCUGGAAGUGCAACAUUUUGGAGCCCGUGGUAUUCCGGGGCUCAUCGCUGGAGACCAGGGUCUUAGCACCUCUUGGGUCCCCAGUUGCACGACAUGGGAGGCUUUUUGUGAAGGGCAACCAGAUUCUGGGAGCUCAUGGCCGCCCGGUGCGCAUCCGGGGUGUCUCCCUCUUCUGGUCGCAAUGGGGCUCCAAGUACUGGAAUCAGCGGGUGAUCCAGUGGCUGCGGGAUGAUUGGCGGGUCUCCCUGAUACGUGCAGCAAUGGGAGUCGAGGAUGGUGGCUACUUGGAUUCACCGGAUAGGCACAAGCAAAUCGUGGCCGAUGUUGUCGAUGCUGCCAUCCUAGCGGGUCUCUACAUCAUCAUUGACUGGCAUGACCAUGCAGCUCAUUUGCAUCAGAAGGAGGCCGCGUCCUUUUUCGCAGAAAUGGCCCGAAUUUACGGGCAGUAUCCGAACGUGAUCUUUGAGCCAUGGAACGAGCCCAUAGACCAGUCCUGGAAAUAUGUCGUUCGGCCCUAUCAUGAGAUGAUCCUUGGGAAAAUCCGCCAGUACAGUCCCAAUUUGGUGACAUGUGGGUCUCCCACCUGGUGCCAGGAUGUGGAUGUAGCUUCAGAGCAGCCUUUGGAUGAUUCCAACGUUGCCUACGCUUUGCAUUUCUAUGCCGGCACGCACCAAUCCUCGAUCCGAAGAAAGGCGGAGAAGGCUCUGAAGAAUCGGGUCGCGCUCUUUGUGACGGAGUGGGGGCUGUGCCAAGCGCAUGGCGAUGGCUCCCUGAACUUCACUGAAACUGAGCUUUGGCUGAACCUCCUUGAAACCUACAACAUCUCUGAUGCGAGUUGGGCGGUGAACGAUAAGGACGAGAGUUGCGAUGCUUUGAUUCCCGGAGCAGACUCUGAUGGAGGUUGGGGUCUCGAAGAUCUGACUGCCUCCGGACAGUAUGUACGCAAGUCGCUUGUGGACAUGCCUUGGGAUUCGACAAUCCCUACAAAAGAACCGCUGGACUUUGAUGAGAGUGGCUGUGCAAUGAUGGUUUUAAGUUUCUUUCAUGCCGUCGUCUUGCUGGCACUCUUUUGA